GUCGUGUAGUAGCACUCCCAGCACUAUAAAUUAACAAUGGUGAUCGUCCAACGCUUAACAUUCACAUCCUUCUAGUCUUUCUUGUGGGAUUUUUGAGUAGUGUACGAGUUAGCGAAUGGUGAAAUAUUUCAAGUCUCUUAUUUUGCUAGGCCUUCUGCUUGGCCUUCUGCUUGGCUCCGUUGUUCUUGUAUCCUCUGCUGCUGAAGCUGAGACAUCCAAAGAUGAGAAAAAAGAGGAUGAGCCAAAGGAAGUUAACCAAGGUGGCGGGGGAUACUGUGGCCAGUGUUGCUAUCGCUAUGGCCGCUACACUUGCGGCAGACAGUGUUGUUGGCCUGAAGUUGCUGAUCAGUCCGAAGUAGUAGUUACCGAUGACGCAGUACAGGACAAUUUUGAAACAAAGCAGCCUGAUGGAUAUGGAGGCUGGGGAGGAGGCGGACGUGGUGGCGGAGGUUGGGGAGGAGGUGGACGCGGUGGCGGAGGCUGGGGAGGAGGUGGACGUGGUGGAGGUGGCGGUGGGGGAGGAGGUGGACGUGGCGGAGGUGGCGGCUGGGGAGGAGGAGGACGUGGCGGAGGUGGCGGCUGGGGAGGAGGGGGACGUGGUGGCAGUGGCGGCUGGGGAGGAGGGGGACACGGUGGCGGCGGAGGAAACUGA